AUUGAACAUUGGAAUUCGGUGACGCAUAUGAUACAAAUAUAGUCAGGGUAGUAGUAAGGAUGUACGAGUUUUGAGGGACAAUUAUUCUUUAGUUCAGUCGGUGGUGUUUAAUUGUUUGUUGCUAGUUAAAUUUUUGUCAAGCUAAAGCACUAUCAUCAUCUCAUGAAGGAAUUUAUCCCAAUGUGGAUUCCAAGCGUUUAAUAGAGUUGCAAAAACAAAUACCGCCGUAUUAUAAUUGUAUUAAUACUCUUAUGUGUGAUCAGUGUAUUGAUAUACAAAUCCUUUUAUCACUACAAUGUGCACUGACAAAAAGUUGUAGUCAGGUCAUCCGAAUCAUCAUUUGCACUGGGUUUUAGAAUUGUGAUGCGCUUCGAAAUGUAUGAAUACGUAAUUUACUGUUGAGUAAAUUAAUUCAUUAGUAGGUUCAUCUUCCAAGUAUCCUUUCACACACUUUUCUGGGAACUGUCGGUUAUGUGCGUUUGUGUUUUUUACUGCUCAUUUCGCACCGUGUACUGCAGUUGAAGCAGUAUCAAAGCACCACAUUACUUCUUAAAAUUGGUUUUUCCUGUUAAGAUAAUAUUUGGUCUGUAAAAUUUAAUUGAUAUAAAACCACCGUGUGGUCACUAUAUAUUUAUUUGACUAUUUGUUACUAAGGUUGCAUUUCCGUCUAUCACUACACACUUCUCAACUAUACGUAUCUCCUAAAAAUGUCCAUUAACCAACUGUCAUAUUACCACCAACCUAGUAAGAUUAUUCACGUCGUACAUAGUGUUGGACACUCACGGUUUAGUAUAUGGGUAAGUAAGUUCCUUCAAUAUAUGGAGAAUUCCUCACAUGCUGAGUUAUUCAAUGAAACAAAAAGCCUGUAUAUUAACCACUACAAAUAUUAUGUUGGUCUCCUUUUGUUCCCUUUUGUAAAAAUGAUUAAGGUGAAGUGUUACUGCCAACCCCCUCACUUUUCAGAACAACCUGGGAAGUUAAUUGGCACUAACCACCAUUCGGGUCUCACACCAGUGAUGUACACAUUACUGCGGGGUUUGUGGCAAUAUAUAUCACAAAGGGAUGAGUUUUCUGUUCUCAUACUAGGUUUGGAAGGCGCUGGAAAAACAACUUAUUUAGAACAAGCUAAAAUAAAUUUUGUUCCAAAUUAUAAAUCUAUCCCAAUUCAGAAAAUCACUACUACUGUUGGUCUAAAUAGUAAGUUUCCCGUCUUUCCAUAAUUUUAAGUUGGAUACAUUGAGGUCGAUGGGAUCCGGCUUAAAUUUUGGGAUCUCGGCGGUCAAGAAGAGCUUCAGUCAUUGUGGGAUAAGGUUAGCUUAAUAUGCAUUUCUCAGUUUUAUUUAGUACUAUGCUGAAUCAAAUGGUGUUAUUUAUGUCGUUGAUUCUGCAGAUAGCGAUCGUUUUGAUGAGUCUAAAGAUGCAUUUGAAACCCUGUACUGGAAGGUGUGCCGUUACUGGUUCUAGCUAACAAGCAAGAUAUGCAGAGUGCAUCCCAUUUGUCUGAAAUAAACAAAGUUUUCUACGACAGUCUACGUCUUGUUGGGCAACGUCAAUGCACAUUUCAUGGUGUCAGUGCACUUAACGGGUAAAUUAAUCAGUAACAUGUCGAUUUCUAGAUAUAACCAUUUCAGUCAA